AUGGCGUUUAUACGACCAAAGGAGAUCAAGGAUUAUGUCAUUCCAUGGCUGGAAAGAGUGCAGGAACAGCGCGAAAGAGCGGAGACACCACGUCGCGAAGAGGACGAUGCAAGACCAUCCAGGAAGACAAGGCGCGCACAUGAUCUAGUAAAACCUGUCGGUGCCAUUCCCAUGGACAUUCCAGAUACACUUGAGGAUAGAAUCCAUCUUUACAACGCUAUGCUGCAGCUAGGCCUGCCCAAGUUCGUGCAACUGCCACUCAUCGACAAAAUCGUCAUGCAGAUGUACAAAACCAAACUCAACGCGUGUCACCUCGCCACUCUAGAGCAUACAGUCGGGCGCUUUUACUCCAGGGGUGUUGCUGUCCUUGACCCAGUUCUCUGUCAUUUCAUCGGAUCGUAUCCUCGCAGGACCUUGCAAGAUCGCAGAAACGUCAGACCUCCAUCUGAAAGCGACACUGAAUCAUCAGAUGAUACGAACAAGACUGGGGAGCAACCGCCAGAAGAAGCGCAAAGUGCUGAUACUGAAUCGGGAGAAGAACCACCAGCACCAGCACCAGAACCAUUCGACUUCAAGAACUCGGAGAGAAAGUACCUCAGUUACCAUCCUCAACCCGCGGGCCGUGAAAGGUUUAAAAAAGACACGUAUCUUCUUCCCCCUGAGCUGCCUGUCAUCGGUCAUAGUAUAAAGCAUUGGUCCGGAGUCCGCAAGAAGGGCAGCACAGCUGCGGCUCAUAACGGAUUUCCUCUCAAUAUUGGAAAAUACAAGAAAUUCAUUCGGAGAAACGCGACGGAUGUGCUCGAUGCAGAUGAAUAUUUUGAAGAAGAGACGAACCGACUGGCUUAUCAGUCCGACUACGAAAAAGAGGGUCCGGGGGAAGGUAAUUAA